UUCCUGAAGCCACGCCCAACGCGGAAGAGAAACAUCAAAAUGUGCGAAGACACUUUGUUAUAAACUGAGGAUUAUUAGAGGACAAUAAACGAUCGAUUAGAGGAAUGUUUAUUUCUACUAUUUAAUAAAAAGACACAAGUACAGUAAUGAUAAAUAGGAUUCCCUGUUAGCGUGCUAAACCGGUUUAUCCUGACAGGCCACUGCUGUAAUGUGGUCUCUGUAGUCUCAUCUAACCACACAUCACACGGGAAGAGACAAUGGCAUCAACAGACGAGAAAGUUGCAUUUGUCAGCAAUCUCAAUGGAACCACCCUGACGGAGGUUUCUCUGGGAUCCUUCUUAGCUCCGCUGUGCUUUCUCAGCCGAGGACUCUUCCUGAUAGUGUUCCACCUGGGAAAAGGGGUCCUUCCGUUCUCCCGGGCAGCCCAUCUCCUGUUGGACUUCACAGCACUAAUAAUGCCUUUGGUCCUGUCGUGCACCGCUCUGAGCGACAUCCUUCACUUUGUCAUCAUGGGCAUAGCCGCAGUUGACUUUGCCGUCCUGUACUUCGUGUACAAUAACAGAAAGCAAGGUUCCCUCUCCAGUACGAUUGACAGGUUUGUGCAAGGCAGAGUAGAAUCCAACCAGGUCCCGUUUGUAACUGUGUUCCGAGUUCUGGUCAAUGUGAAGACCGCCAUAAGCAUUCUGGCUGUUGAUUUUAGCGUGUUCCCAAGACGUUACGCCAAAACGGAGACGUAUGGAACAGGGGUGAUGGAUUUUGGUGUCGGAGCAUAUGUGAUGGCCAAUGCGUUGGUGUGUCCUGAGGCAAGAGGAAAGGACGUACAAGGGUCGAAGAUCGGUCAUGUGUUAAAACAGUUUAUUUCCGUCUGGCCUUUGGUCCUGUUAGGGUUUGUGAGACUUGCGAGCGUCAAGACAUCCGGCUACCAUGAACAUGUGACGGAGUAUGGGGUUCACUGGAACUUCUUUUUCACGUUAGCCAUCGUCAGAGUGGUGGCGUCCGCACUUCUGGCUCUCUUUCCUGUCAACUCCUCAUGGAUUCUUGCUCUGCUCAUUGGUGGAACUUACCAGGUUAUCUUGGAGACGACAGGUCUGAAGUCCUUCCUCAUCCACAAUAAUGACCGCGCAGGAUUUCUGCAGGAAAACAAAGAGGGUGUCUUCUCAGUUGUGGGAUACAUAGCCAUCUAUAUGGCUGGGGUUCAGGCUGGACACUACCUCAUGCAGAGCAGAACUUUAGUUCGAGACUGGAUCAGAGUGAUCCGUAACCUGCUGUUGACAAGUUUUGGGUUGUUCUUCGCUUUAUACGUGUGCCAGAGAUGCAUCGAGCCCGUCUCACGCAGAAUGGCCAACCUUUCUUUCUGUGUUUGGACUGUAGCGCAGGCCACGUUCUUUCUCACUUGCAUAAGCUUUGCUGAUUUAGUGUUACUUUUUUCUAAAGUUGUCUCUAAUUUUUCACUUGUGUCUGCAUCGUGGUGUCCAUAUCAAAAUAGGAAGUCGGAGAAAAUGAGAAAUAAUAUGGAUGCAUUAUGCCUCAUACAGUCUGUUAACCGGAACCAGUUGUUAUAUUUCCUGCUGGCGAAUAUCAUGACUGGUUUGACCAAUGUGUUCGUAGACACUCUGAACUGCAGUGAUGUUUUAGCCGUGAGUGUUUUGCUCUUGUAUAUGUUCAUGAACAGCUUGGUCAUAUUCAUUUUGCAUAUCAAUAAAAUAACCGUUAAGUUCUGGUAAACACCUAUUCACUGUAUUUUUCUGAAUGGCUCUCUCGUUUCAAAUGCUGUGAAAUAUGCUGUAUAUAAAUUGUUUGCAAAGUGCAAAUAAAAUUGAAUGUGUUUAUUUGUAAAUAUACUGUUACUGUAUGUGUAAUCUGUAUUAUAUAUCAAAUAUGAAUGCACUAAAUUGGAUGAUUUCAUGCCAAUAUUAGAUGCAAAUAACAUGGACAUUACAUCAGUUUUAGAUUCAGAUCUUUUUAUAUGCUCUAAUUGGCCUUUAUUUCUUUUAUCUUUUUUUUUACAGUUCAUAUAGAUAGUUAUGUGUGGUAAAUAGAUUAAAAAUACUUCAUGUAGACUUUUAUUUAAUAUCAGGUUGUAAAGUUGCAUGCAUAAUAAUUAGAAAAGAAUUAGGAAAAAUGUUUACUGAUAUUCCAAAUAGUGCUGUCAAACGAUUAAUCGCAUCCAAAAUAAAAGGUUUACAUAAUA